AUGCCUCGUCAACAACGCCGUGCCGCUCCCACCCCUGCGCGCAGCGCUCCCUCGCGCCCUACCGCCGCUCCUCAGGCUGCUCGCCCGGCCGCUGCCCCCCAGCAGCAGCAGGCACCUCACUCGACUGCCGCUCACCAGCCCCAACAACAAGCUCCUCCCAUGCAGGCUCCUCCCCAGCAGAGCGCUGGCCCCGGCCUUUUCGGCCAGAUGGCUUCCACCGCUGCUGGUGUCGCCGUGGGUUCCUCUAUCGGCCAUGCUAUCGGUGGUCUGUUCAGCGGCGGCUCCAGCGCCCCUGCUGAGUCCCAGCAACAGGCUCCCGCCCAGUCCCAGCCCAUGGACAACGGCCUGUACCAGAGCAGCGCCACCAACAGCUCCUGGGAGAACCCCGCCUGCGAGACUGAUGUCCGCAACUUCCGUCAGUGCAUGGAUGAGAACCAGGGUAACAUGAGCAUUUGCGGAUGGUACCUGGAUCAGCUUAAAGCCUGCCAGGCUGCUGCCAAGCCUUACUAA